AUGUCGCACGCACAGGAACCAACUAUCGCUGACGAGGAGCUCGCUACGACCACCGCCGCCGGAUAUAAGGUCGGGGAGAAGAAGUCGCUGGCCGAAUACUCGCAACUCGAUGCUGAGGACGAGUCACUAGCAAGAUGGAAAGCCAGUCUUGGUAUUGGUGCUUCCACCGGUGCUGUCGAUCCCAACGCUCCCAAGCUCUCAUUGCAUAACCUCUCGCUUGUAUCGCCAACAGCACCUGGCGGAGUCGUCUCAAUCAACCUUCAGCAGUCCAAAGAGCAGCUCGCACAGAUCAAGCAGAACCCUAUCAAUGUCAAGGAAGGUGUCGAGUACAGCGUCAAGAUCCGAUUCAGCGUUGGCAGCGACAUUCUUUCCGGUCUCAAAUACGUUCAGGUCGUCAAGCGCGCCGGUAUCAAGGUCGACAAGAUGGAGGAGAUGAUCGGAUCUUACGGCCCUCGUGCUGAGCCAUACGAGAAGACCUUCGCUUCUAGCGAAGCACCAAGCGGUAUGAUGGCUCGCGGAAACUACAGCGUUCGCAGCCGUGUCGUUGAUGAUGACAACAACGUCUUUGCUGACUGGGAGUGGGCCUUCAAGAUCGCCAAGGACUGGUAG